GAAGGUUUACUUAAAGAUGUACUUAUCUAUAAAAAUAAUACUAUUGUUGAAUUAUUGUGUAUUUAUAGGAGAAAAAGACCCACCAGUUGAGCAAUAAAAAUUACGGCGUUUAAUACCACAGCUCCCAGUUUUCUCGGGCCAAAACCGAGCAACCUUAAGAAGCCUGAAAAAACAUGCUCUUUUUCGCCAGUUUCUUCAUUUCCUUCUUUGAUCAUCUUUGAAACAAAAGCUUUACUGACCAUGUUUGUUAUACUUUUUGAAUGUUGCUCAAAAUCCAAAUAUUUUCCAGCCAUUUGCAAACCUUCCUUCAAUCUUUGAAAAACACUGUUAGCAUUAUUUAACGCAACUAAACACAGCAUAACGCACACAAUCCACGUUGACUUCAUUUUGUCUGAAGCCGUUCUAAAGAGAACAAUUUCAUAAAAUAAAACCAACGCAUGGGAUACCAUGCAAAACAAAAAGGUCGAUUUGGGACAACUUUAACGGUUAGUUAAGAACAAUAUUAUCUUAAAAUCUAUUGUCACAUUUAUGUGUUUCCCUUGAACUUCAUCAUAGUGGUAGUAUCAACUAAAAUGCGUCAACCGUUAGCUGGCUUUUAUCUUUCACUAUGCUUUUCGUUAAAAUUAUUUUUUAGUUCUGGCCAACAAAUCCUAACGAGUUUAUCAGAUCUGACAGCCCUUAGCGAAUUACCCUUGGAAAAACUGUUAGAAAUACAGAAACAUUUGGCACCAAAAUCAUCAGAAGAAAAUGUACAAGAAAUACAAAGCAUUGCAGAAAAGAGAGAGGAUAUCUCCCCGGAAGCAUUACCCCUGCACGCCGAAGAAAAGUAUCACGGACGUGAAGGACCGUAUGACGAAUAUUAUCAUCCUAAAAAAGAAGAUAAAAAGGAUAUCCAAUCCAUUCUUCAGUUAAGUGUAACAACAUUAUCUUUUCUGGCUUUCGGUGGUUACUUGUUGUGUCUAAUUGUUCAAGCAAUUAAAGCCAAAAAUAAUUAUUACUACAUCCCUUCAACCACUACAACUACGACAACUACUACAACAACUACAACAGCAGCGCCAAUGAAUGUCCCUGAUACAAGAAGACCUAUUAUUAGAAGACCUUACAAAAAGAGACCAAGGGAUUCAUUGAGAAGAAACAAACGGGAAAUCCUAAUGAACGAAUUCGAAACAGAAAAAAUAUACAACGGACUUCUUACACUCGCAGAAGGGUAUGCUAAGUUUCACACUGUUAAGUUACACGCAAAUAAAUUCUAA